AUGAAAACUUGUUCGUUUCGAGGAGCUGAACCUCGAUCAAACAUUGAAGGUCUCUUCUGUGGAAAAGAUGUACCUCAAGCAAGAUAUUCCGUAUUUCCAUGUAGCAAUCUAUUUUGUCUAUGUUGUCAUCCAUUACAUAGUCACAAGAAAAGUCAAUCAUGGUCAGUCGUUGAAUUUGUCUCAAGUUCCAUGCAUCAAUUUGUCAAUGGUUAUACUACUUAUCUCAAUUGUCCAGCAACAUGUACUACAUCGAAUGUAGUCUAUGCCAUGACAUGUCCAUGUGGUCAAUAUGAUUAUGUCGAUUCAGCAGCAGACACAUUGACAGAUGCUAUGGCUUAUCAUCGAGCACAUGGCAAUCGAAUUAUACAUGAAAAAUUGACUGGUAGUCCUGUAUAUCGAGGAUCAUUAUUCGAUCCAAUGGAGAAAGAGAAAGAAAUUGCUAAUGAGAUGCGUCUCUAUCAACAUUCAGCUCGAUGUUCAAUAGCACUUCGUUCAUUUCUGGAUUGCAAUCCAAUUUAUUGGUGUUUUAUUCCUCUCCUUUGGGAGGAAGCACUAGCAGAAAAUGCUGUUUACUACCAAGGAACUAUUGUACCACUACCACCAGCUGCCUAUGGCUUUUCAUAUGGACAAUUACAAAAACAGCGUUUAUUUUUCGAACAUUUUGUCGGUUCUUCCAUUCACCAACUGCCGUAUGUUGCAUUGGAUUUGUAUAAAAUGGCGAUCAUUGCUGUUCUACCAGAGGAUCGUUCCAUUAUAUUACGAUACAUCAUCGAAACAUUAUUCAUUAUUCAUGGUGAAACAAAAUUAAAUAUGAUUUGUCCAAUUGGUGGUGAUGCUGAAAAGCGCUAUGGUCGUCCGUAUGAUCUUAUUUAG